AUGCAUGGGAGGAAUAAUGCGGGUUCCGGCGUGUCACCAUCUAACGUUUCCACCGACGUGUCAGGUGCAUUUGAAUACUUAGACCGUUAUUGCUCAUCCGGCGUAGAAACUGGAUUCGGCUCCAGGGUUUCGAGCAGAGGGCUUUCACCCCUCCCAGAUUCUCCGGUGAAUAAUGUUGCCGCACCACCACCCGGCCGUUGGGUUCCCAUAGCUCCGCCGGCGGAGAUGUUGUCCUCUCCACCAGCGAAGGAUGACGCGGCAGAGGGUGUAGCUACAAGAUUAUGGCGUUACAUCAAGGGGGGCAUGGAUCGUGUAAUGGAAAAUAUGCUGGAACCUAACAGAUCAAGCAGGCCGCCUACUAAUGCAAGCGGGAGCGAGCCCAUUUUGGAGGUUGUCCGUCUGAGUGAACCUUUUCCCCAGGGUGCAGGCAGUGCGGUUGCGUCUCGAGGCUUAGUUUAUGAUGACAAUAGUUAUUUAUACCAUGAAGAAGAAGAAGAGGAUGAGUUGGAUAUGGAGGAUCUUGAUGUACGGGUUGACUUGUCAUCUGCUUUGCGGGCCUACCGUAAGAGUCCCAACGAGUGUUUCGGUCACCUCGUUGCAGCAGCUCUGGCUGGGCGCUCUGUCGAGAACCCUGUCACAGCUGAGGAGCUGAAAGAGGCACGGCUCAACCCCUACCUUGUGCGCAUGUUGUUGGAGUCAAAUAAGCUCAACUUGGACGAUUACAACGUCCAACAGGAGCUGCAGCGCUGCAUCGAUGCCCUCAUCUCCACGGAGGUUGAUCGGGUUCCUCAGGCUGUGUUUGAGUACCUGCUCCCACUAUUUAAGCCCCGUUUCGUGCGUCUCGAUGCCGAACAGUACAGUGUGGUAGAGAACAGUGGCUUUGAGUUUGUUCAACUCCUGUACGAAUACCCACACUUGUUCACUGGGAGCAAACACUUUAUUCGGAUGAACAACGCAUGUUGUGGGUGGCAUCUUGCUGUUUUUGUAAUGGUGAUUAGCGCCCUCGCAGAGGUUCUCUGUAACGUGGGGAUCGCUCUGGUGUCGGUGCAUUGGCUAACCUCGGAUCCAGAGAGCUAUUAUGCGUUAUACACGGCCAUUGUAUACGGUGCUGGCUAUGCUUCACAUCUUAUCGCUAUGAUACUUUUGAUGCGGGCGAGAGAGCGUAACCGUGUAUUUGGUAACGUGAUAUUUCCAUUUCCGUCACCCCAUCUUCAUGUCCUGCCAGUGGUGCCAUUGUACAACAUUGUGAGCAUCGUCACUUACGUGCGCUACUGUUUUGUAAACAGAGGUGGAUUAUUUGUGGACAUUAUACAUGACAUCACAGCUGCCCAGGUUUUGUCUACCGUAUGCUUUUGCCUUUGUUUGGCGGUGCCGCAGUUUAUGUGUCAGAUGUAUUUGGUUUCCACCGUGGACGGCGAGUUGGCGUUUAACAAACGCUACCCCUUUCGUAUGCUAAGCACUGCCGUUUGCACCACAUACUUGUUAGCGUUACUGCGCUUGUGCUGGAUCUUUACGACGCAGACCUCAAUUAACAAUUUUGGGUUCGCUUGCUAUAGUUUCCACAGCAAACGAAUCAUACAGCGGUACUCUGCCCUCUUGCGGAUGGUUUACGCCGCAUUGCUCUUUCUUCUCGAGUUGAACGUCUUCAUAUUCGUUGUGACGGUCACCAGCGCAAAGCAAUGUCACAACUAUGAAAAAAUGGUGCUUUCUGCAAUGUCCAUAGUGUCUUUUGUGGCGAUUUUUGUGUUUCUGGUGCUUCGCGGUCACACCGUGUUUCGUAUCGCAUGGGCACUAAUCCCCCUUACGAGCCUUCAAAUUGCUUUGGUUGUGCACAAGGGGAAGGACUAUCCACCCGAGUGCCCGAAAAACCGGGAAACACCCGAGUACGGUCGCCAUUUUCAAAUACUCGUCUGUUUUGUACCGCUGCUAUUCUUGGUGUUAUGGCUUUUACAACUCUGUUACGUGUUCGUCGUGAAAAAGCGAAUAUGUUCCCUCUUCUAG